AUGAUGGCUCCAAACAAAAGACCACUCGCUAGUACCAACGGCUGUCCUGCAUUGCCGUUGCUUGCAAAUGACAAAGAUAUGCCAGUUGACCUCAGCCUGGUCUCUCUAUUCGAGGGCCUUGCCAAAGUUUCAUCGACCACCAAGCCAGAUCCCGGUAGUCUCGGCCGCAAAGAUCCAGAACUUCGCCGGUUGCUUUCACUUAAGAGGUCUUACGCGCCCCGAGAAGUCCAGCCCACAGAGAAUUCUUACACAAAGAUUGGCGCCGGUGCUUGCGGCGUUGUUCUUGCACAGGAGAAGAGUUCCUCUGUUAUUAAAUUAGCCAAGAACGAUCACAUGUCCCUCUGGAACGAUUUCCACAUGCACCGCUCGAUCGAAAGACAUUUUCAAAACUGGGAGUUUACAGAAGUUCGAAUUCCUUGCUGCUAUUACUAUUCCCCAAAAGAGAACAACCUCUAUUUCAAGAACCGCCCAGAGGUAGCCCAGGCGGCUCAAGAUUUGUGCCAUGUACCCACCAGCGUCCUCGUCACACAGAGGAUCGCUCCGUUACCUGAACGUGCUCGAAAUUUGCUGAUUGAAAAGUAUUGCGCGCCACGGAUCAAAGAGGCCGCGCUUAGAGAUGCGUCGAACAAGGAGUGCUUGGUGAGAGUGUACCUCGGUUCACUAGAGGGCAAAAGCGAAAGACUCUUCUUCUCUUUGCGAAACUUCAAGCUUCAUCUCAACCAGAUGGCGGACCUACAAUUGGACAUCAAGAUGAUGGCCGGCAGGAUAGGCGUAGCUAUGGCGCUUAUGCAUUGGGCGGCUGAGACUGACGCUCGCGAUGUCGAAUUUGUGCUCGGCAGUGAUCCAAUGAGGCCAGCACUUACAAUGAUCAGCACAGAGCUAUGGGUUCUAGAUUUUAACCAAGUUCAGCCGAUUACCAAGGAUGAAGCCGGGGUGUCAAAAGCCGUUGAAGCGGCCGGGAUUAACGACCCGUAUCUUCCAAAGCCUCUUGGGACAUCUCCAAUCGAGAGACAGGCUUGGAAUGCAUUCGCGGGCAAUUACAUCAGGGCGGCUGAUAUUAUUCUGGAAGACAAGGACCAAAAACUGCUGCUGAAGUUGCCUCGAAUGUUUAUUCGAGGGCUUAUUGAGCUACAGAAAUCAAAGAAGGGGGCAAAGAAGCUGGUGGAAGAAGAAGGGAAUAAACCAUCCUGA